GUAUAUUAUAUUUUUUCUGUUUUGUUAACUAUGAACUCUCUAUUCAACAGAUGCAAAGAGUGUUCCACUAUUCUUCUCUCUGGCACAUACAAGCCUGGAAAAGAAGCAGGAACUUUCAUCUGCAAGACACACACAAGCAUAGAGAAGCCUGUAACCGUCCCGACUACACACAUCACAGUGACUUCACCAAAGACACCGUCCACAUUUAUAAGCAAGACUGACCAGAAUGCAUUAGGAGAUACUGGAAAAGCUGGUUUAACACCCAACACAUCUAAACUAAGCUGGCUGGCCAAUAAAAGGGACCGUGCACCCACUCGUGAGUUAACUGCCACACCUACUCCAGCAGUUCAGCUCACACCAGCACCAAAAACAACUCCAGCACCAGAGGCUACAACUGUGAAGACCUCCUUUAGCCCCCGAACGCCCACGGAGUCUCUUAAACCAGUAAGCAACAGUGUACAGAAGAACCAAGAAACCAGAAAGAGAUUCUUUGAGCCCAGCAGUAUCGUGCCUGCCAGUAAGAGCACCUCAUCAUACACCUCAACUAUAUCUGUGAGUACAGCGAAUGUUAAAACUCCUACACCAGAAAGCACAGCACCUAGAGCCACUGCAGGAGCCGCAGCUGGUAAAGGUAGAGUCCUGCUGCGGGUGGGAGACUGGACAAAAACACAGGACACAGAAAAAGAGAAGGAGAAUGAAAAGGAGAAAGCCAAAGCUGUGAUUGGCAAGAUGGUGACAGUGGAAAACAAUAACAACUCGUAUCUGAGUCAAGCUGGGCUGAAAGCAAACAACAGUAAUGUUUCCCCUGUGGAAUCGGGUGCUAAAGGCCCCUCAGGUAAGAUGCGUCUCAAAGCACUGGAUACCAGCGUGGAACCUACUGCCCCGGCUGCUGCAGCGCCGUCCUGGAUCAAAGAUAAAACCUUAAAUAAAACCUCCAGGCCUGCGAGCAUGCUGUCGUCCAACAGCAAGGAAAAUGAUACAGCUCCAUCUGAUUGGAGGUCCAUGCUCAAGCCUGUAAAAACUGUCGGUUCCACAGAAAACACUAGCUCACCCUCCAAGAAGCCAGAAGCAGCUUCCUCUCCACGGGCAUCGGGUCCGGGAAUCUCCCAGACAUCUGUUCCUGCACCAUCUACCACAAACAUCUCCAUUAGCAUCAACUCACCCAAAGCUCCCUCACCUAGCCCGAUUAAUAACAGGCCGAAAUCUAGCGACUCCAGCAGUGGCAGCAUUGUAUCUCCUGUUAGUCCCUCAGAGACUGAAACUCACAAAUUGCACAAGCCGGGUUACAUUCCUAAGGAAGGCAUUCAAAAAGAACUGAAGGAAAUCGAGAUGAAUAUGAACGAGUUGGAGAAAAGAGGAGUAGAGCUGGAAAAACAACUCCGACAAUGUGAUGAGGAAGGAGAAGAUGACACAUUAAUGAACGACUUAAUGGUGGACUGGUUUACCCUCAUCAGAAACAAACAGGUCUACAUGAGGCGAGAAUCCGAGCUUGUGUACAUUGCCAAGACACAGGAUCUAGAGGAAGAGCAGCCCAGUGUUGAGGCCGAACUCAGGAAACUGAUGGACAAGCCAGAGCAUCUGAAGACAUCUUGGGAUCAUAAACGAGAGGAAGAGCUGAUGGCCAAACUUGUGGGGAUUGUGAACGACAGGAACGCCAUAGUGGAGGGGCUGGAUGAAGACAGACUGAGGGAGGAAGAAGAGGAUGAGCAGCUGAAUAAGAUGAUGCAGAAUCUUGAUAUGAAGAAGGAAAAAGUCAAGAGAAAAUCCAUAUCCCGGUGGUUUAGUCUGAAAAGUAAACGGGCGUCCACAGAGGACUGAUCCUCAUGAAAGGGUGUGUGUGUGUGUGUGUUUUGUCCCAGACCGAAUGUUUAAGCUGCAGUUUGAGGUCAGAUCACUAAAUCUUAAUUGCAGUUACACAGCCUUCAACAAAUGGUAUUUUUUGUGAAAUCACAUUAUAUAUUUUCCCACUUUUUUUCCCACAUACUUUUGCACAUUUUUUUUUAUCUGUCUCCUGUCAUUGUGGUGUGAUUUGUGCAUUUGUUAACAAACGUUUUGCACUUGAAUCCUUUGUAUAAUGUUGACUGUAUCUCUCAGUCAGUGUUUCGUUAGGGAAUUGGACAGUUUAGAGAGAAAUGAGGUCAUACUGAUUCAUAUUGGAUCAAAGUUAAAAAUGGACGGGUUAAGUUCCGACUCAAACUGAAUUCACUUUCUUACACUUGACUUUUUACAAUGUAUUUUAAAUUGAGAAUAUCACUCAUUCUUGCUGGAAACUAUCCUGUUUAAUCAUUUUAAUGGUGUUUUACCCUGGCACAUUUCUACUGUCUCAACAGCAGGGGGCAGACAGUGACUGAUUUCAGCCAUAGUACACUGUAUGCCCAUCUGAUUUCUCAACAACAUGUGAGAGAACUGAUUUAAUAGGGUCUUUUUAAGACAUUAUUUAGGAUUCAUCAUUUAAGAGCUUAUGUUGUU